AUGAAGAUUACAAAGGAGAAAAGAAAUAUCAGGUUCGAGUACGAACUCGACAAAAUGAAAAAAAAAAAAAAAGAUAAUAUAUUAAUACUAAAUAUCAUUAAUAGCAAAAUAAAUUAUAUCUGUUAUAUAUUAAAAAGUGAUUAUAGGCACAUGAUUAAUGAUGUGAGCUAUGAAAAUAAGUGUUCCCUUGAAACCUGCUUCUACUAUUGCAAGGCCUACAUCACGUUCCUACUGCUCUAUUAUCCUUACCUACACAAUUAUUUGAAAUGCCUUCGAAGUAACAACCUCAGAAUAUACAAAAAUUUUUACAAGUACAUUUUAAAUUUUCCGAACAAUUUCUGUUCUCUCAUUUUUAAAUUGAAGAUUCUGGACGAACUCAAGAAAAAAGAUGCACUAAAUUCAAGCAAUGAUUAUUACCAUGGGGAGGGUCUUUACGACGGUGAAAAUAUUCCCCCUACAUUGGCAUCCACAGAUAUAACCCCUGCGCAUCUUCAAAUUACAAUGGUCAAUUUCUUCGAUGCGUUUUCGAAGGAAAGUUAUAUAAAAAAUUUAUUUUCUCGCAUUUACGUGAAGAAAUACCACAAGCGGAUUUUUAAGAUCCUGAAAAUUGUGCUUUUUUAUCAUUCCUUGCCAGUGUUUUCUUUUUCUCCAAUGUUUUUUCGAAGGUACCAUAGGGGAAAAGGAAAGGGGAGGAAAAAUAUAUUCCAAGUUUCUGCGCAUGAGGGGAAGGAGAAGAAGAAGCUUCUGUUGAGGAAGAGGAAGGAUAUCCAUAAUAGACUGCCAUUCAGGAGAAGGUACUUUAAGACGCCAUUUUUUAAACAUGUAGAGGUACCCACCAUCUACAUGGAUGACGACGAUAGCAUUACCAAAUUACUCGUUAAAAAAAAACUUGUAAAAAUUAGGAAGAAAAAAAAAAGCGAAAACAAAGGAGAGGAUGCAUUUUUGUCAGACAACAGUGGUAGUGUAAGCAGUGAAAAAAGUCUAAGUUGUUUAAGUGAUUCGGAAGAGGAAAGAGAAGUAAACGCCUUCUUGGGAAAAGAAGUGAAUGUUCCACAGGAGGAGAACGCUGGGAUGGCUGCAAUGUAUAGUAACGUUGGUGCGUGUGCGAUGGAGGGGGGAUGCGACAAAGAGACGGGUACACAUGAGGAGAGGAUUCAUUUUAUGGAGUCUACCAAAAAUGAACACCCAUCAGAUGUAUACAUAGAGGAAAAAAACAAUAACUUGGAGGCGUCUACACCAGGAAAGGGUCAUUCCUCCCAGAGACCAUGCAUGAAAGAAAACUUCCUUGAAUUUGUUCAAUACGAAAGGAGAAAAAAUAAAUCGAAAAAGGAAAUGGAAUAUACAUAUGGAAAUUACGUAUUGAAGGAUAUACAGAAGUAUCUAAAAGAGGAAAUGAAAACAGAUGCAAAGAUGGAGCGGAAGAAAAUAUAUUUACAUCAAGUGUGGAAAUACAAAGUAAAUUUUGACGAAAGGGAUGAUAAUGAAAAUACGCUCAUACAUAAAGCCUGCUUAGUUUCAAAUACAAAAAUAAUUUUCUUACUUCUACGUUUGAAUGUGAAUUUAAUGAUUUACAAUGACAAGUGUGAGUUGCCCGUGCACUGCACUUUGUACAAUUGCGACGCGUACCUUUUUCUCCUUCUGCUGCAUAAUACGGUAGAGUAUCUUUUUUUCUUUUAUCUAAGCGCCUAUCGUGGGGGAGGAAGGUCAACAAAACGAGUGUCGUCAAAGAAGACAAUACCAACGAAGUGCCCCUCAAACCCGGUCGACCCCAAAGAAGACGACACAACAUUGAAGCGCGAAUUGGAGGAGGAAAAAGAGGUACAAAGGAAGCAGACUUUACUGAAUGAGGGAAAGACGGAAGGAACAGGAGAGGAAUGCCCCACAAGAAAGGCAAAAAAAAGAGGCUCCAAAUACAUAAAGGGAGGAUUCUUUUACCACAAAAAAAUUAACAGCGUUUUUGUCACCUCUGUUGUGAAGCUGUACUUGAGCCUAAUGGUGAAAAUUAUCGAAUUAGGAAAUUUCGAAUUUUUAAAAAUUUUAUACAAUUAUAAUAAGAAUAUUUUUUGCUACAUUUUGCAUAGGAGGGAUAUGUGCUACUUCCUGUGCUCCUUUGCUUCCAUGUACAACUGUAUGAAUGUUUUUUUGAGGCAGUGCGAUGGGAUCUUGCAGUGUGAGUCAUGUGUUGGGGUGCGUAGAAAAAGGAAAAACGAUGAGACGACGCAAGGGGGAAAGUAUGCCUUCACGGUGCGGAAAAACAGACUUUCCAACGAGGCUACGCAAGUGGAAGGCGCACACAACGAUGACAGUGUGAACAAAGUGGAAGAUGCACACCAUGUGGACAGUGCGCGUACGGUGACCGACGCGAAAAGAAGAGUCAGAUGCUUCCCUGUGAAGAAGCGAAUCGACCGGCAAAACGGGGUAGAAAUAUUCUACUCAAGCCAAUGCGCCAAGCACAUCUUUGUGCCAGAGCCGAGCGACCAUCCAUACGUGAGAAAUAAAAUUAAAACGAACAUACCGGAAAAUUCUAGCAGGUUAGAUGUCCUAAUAUCAGAUAAGCAUGGCAUAUUAAAACUGAAUACAUUUGUUAACUUUAAGUUGAAGAAGGUGGAAAGGAAUGCAACGGCCAACGACAUUUUAAGGGUUCACGAUAUUUCUUACCUGAAAAUGUUACUGAGAAGGAUAAAGAGGUGCAAUUUGAAUGAAUACGAUCAUGUCAAUAUGUACGAUAAUUUUUUGGAAAACACGAAAAAGAACAAGAAGAAUUAUCUUGCCUUAUCAUUGGAUGAUUUGAAUGGGAGCGCAAGCUUUGCUAUGUCAGACCAUAUGGAUAUUUUAAAGAGCAGCGAAAUUAUCAGCUCCGUUUGCGAAGAAGAGGAAAGCGAAUUUAUGCAAAGCUCCAAUGAGGUUGGGAACGAGUGUUUCAACAUAGGCGUUCUGUCUGCGAAUAAACAAGAAGGGGAAGGGGUAGUUUCCACGGUGAAGAAGAAUACGAAGGAGGAUGAUAGAGAAGUAGAAAUACCAAAUCGAAGUGUCAGCCCAGGUAUGAAGGAAAACCCAGGAGGAAAUGUGCAAAGUAAAAAGUGGCACAGCGCAAAUAGUGGAAAGGAAAAAGUGGACAAAUUAAUUCUUCUGGACAAUGACACCUUCGUAAAUAAACACUCCUUUAACUGCGCACUGAAUGCUAGUGGAAUUGUUUUAGAAGCGGUGGACUAUAUAUAUAGGAAGAGAAAAAAAAAAAAAAAAAUUUUUUGCGUUGUUAGACCCCCAGGUCAUCAUCUUGGAACAUACGGCGCUGCUCAAUUUAAUCUAACCGAUGAAGAUAGAGCAGCUGGCAGUCAAGGAUUUUGUUUGUUGAAUAAUAUAGCGAUUGGGAUGGCGUACGCAAAGUAUAAAUACGAAAGGUUCGAACGUAUCGCUGUGAUAGAUUUUGACAUUCACCAUGGAAAUGGAACAGAACAAAUUAUCCGAAAUUUGGGAUUAAAGAAAAUUAGAGUUAAUGAAUACGUGGAUAUUUAUAGUUGGAAAGGAUGGAAGGAUAAGAAUGAUAGGAAAAACGUAUUCUUCAGUUCGAUUCACGCAUUUGAUGGGUACUUUUACCCUGGAACAGGAAACGACACAGUGGAGUUGGAACCCUACAUAAUUAAUGUAACUUUGAAAAAAAAUAUGAAUGAAGAAAAUUUUCUGGAAUUGUUUCACGACAAUAUAUUAAUUCAUUUAUAUCAUUUCCGACCAAAUCUACUAUUCCUAUCAGCUGGUUUUGAUGGGCAUAAACUGGAUUUUGUGAACAACGGCUUUGUGAAGAAAAAUACUUCCACCUACUUUCAUAUGACAAACUUGAUUUUGUGUCUUCAGAAUAAAUUGCGUUUUCCCAUUAUUAGUGUACUCGAAGGAGGGUACAACACCUCCAGUGAUAUGGCAUCCGUAUUCAGUUUCUCCGUUCUGGAGCACCUUCUCUCUUUCUACUACAACGAUGUACUGUUUACGGCUACCCCCAGAGCACGUAACUUGGCUCGGGGCGCUCGAAUGAAGAAUGAGCAUAACAGAAAUUCUGUCAGCGGAAUGAAGAGCAGCACACGGUUAAGAAGACGAGGCAUUUUGAAAUUCCCACAUAUCUGCGUGGGGAAGAAAAAAAUGGAUACCAUGUUCAAAAAAUAUUUUACUCUUUUUAAAGAAAAGACGAAAGAAACUGAAAAUUUGAAUUUGACGAAAUGUGUGAGAGAUUAUGAAAAUUAUUUGAAGCAUUUUGAUGAGAAGCAGAAUGGAGUGAAAAAGAAAGUCAACUUUUUUCUCUCUAAACAUAUGAAAUAUUUUGAUAGUUUGCUUUACCAACGGCGGGCUUUACAUUUUUGCAACUUGGGGAAUAUUUCCCUUCCAUUUGAGGCCUACUUUUACCAAGUCAUGCAUCAUUUUAAGAUUCUCCUCGAAGAAAAGGAAGUCGCCAAGAUGGGUGCGAUGGAUAUGUCAACCAAUUCGAAGGAGUUUUUCUCCGUACUCAACAACCCCUCAGACUUGCCCGAUUUGGACUCUGCCUAUGUUCAGCGGCACCCCGAGACACGGUUUGAAAUGACUAACAUGUGGGAACCCAGCUAG